CAGAAUUUUAAUUAUAAAGUGGAAUUUGUUGCUGGAAGUGGAGCCAUAAAUUCAACGCUUGCACUUACUGGUAUAUCAUCUGUUGAUGUUCCAAAUAGUAUUUUAGGAUUUCGUAAUUCUGGUCCGUUAAGGGCAGGUCAGCCCAUCAGUGCAGGGCAAGGAUUCGUUGGUUGCAUUGGAAGUGGAACAAACAUUCAACUCAGAGACAGUGGACCUGGGACGUUUCUUAACAUUAAAAACUGUACUCUUGAUAACCAGCAAGGAUGCCCUGAUAAAGGUUGGUGUCAGUGACAAAUUUUUAUUAUUAUUAUUAUUCAUUCAAAAUAUUUCUAUAUCUGAUUGGCAGAAAUCCCCCAGCUAAUUUUAUUCUUCAUAUAAAGCAGCUGGCAUUUUCCAAAUUUGAAAGGUGUGAGCAACAUACAUUAUACAGUUCCAGUUUCAGUUUCAGUUUGUUUAUUUACCAGAAAAAAAUACAUAAACAUACAGACAUUCAAUUUCUAAUAUGUUAUUUAAAAAUUAAACAGGCAUAAAUAGAUUUAUUGUAAGUUGUAAAAGGAUUGAAAGUAUUUUUCUGGUGAGGAAGCUAAAAUAGAAACCUUGGGGCUUAUUAUAUGAGCCCCUUCCUAAGACUAAAUAUUAUGAAUAAAUAAGCAGCAAAAUCAUACUGAAAUGUAAUUAGGAUAAAAAGCAAGCAAAACAAAACAGACAAAAAGCGGCAAAAAUCAAGUACUAUUUACAAGUGGUGAAUCAUAAUAAAAUAAUAAUGAGUCUUUAUUUCAUCAAAAGAUAAAACUACGUAUCUCAUGUUACAAUAAUAUGGUCCAAGAUAAAAAACUAUGAUAAAAAUAUCUACAUAAUAUAUAUAUAUUAAAAAAGUAUGUCAUUACAACAAAUGGAGCUUAAAAAUCAACCUAUUUACAAAGGUAUUCAUAAAACGCUCUGUAUUAAUUUUCGGGCGUGCGCAGCCUUUUUUCCUAAGAUUAUGUACAUAAGUCUUCUGGACAGGAAUGAUAUCUUUCAGUGGGUGGCAAUCGGUUGAUAUUAAUUCUUUAAAAUGUUUUGGUCUUGUUUAUUUAAAAGGUUCUUGAUAAAAACUGGAAAUGAAAUAACACAGCGUUUAUGGCAUCGGUCUAAAAAAUUUUGUAUAACCGUGAGAUCGGACUCCGAUGCCCCAUAGACUGAAAGCGCAUAGCUAAAAUUAGGUAAAACAAUAGAUAUAAAAAGGUGAUCUAUCUCUGCCUGAGAGUAGUGUUCCUUUCUUAGUGUUCGUAGGACACUAAGAGAUUAUUGAAUUAUGUCAUGUAAAAAGUAUGUCCAUAUUACGCCCAUUUGGUAAAUUUACACUGGUUACCAGUAAGAUAUAGAAUUCAUUUUAAAAUUUUAUUACUUACUUUCAAUGCCCUCUAUGACAUGGCACCUAGUUACAUCAUUGGUUUAAUUCAUACUAAGACUACGACAUGCUAUUUGCUGCGCUCUAAUGAAGGUGUUUUAUGAAAGCAUCCGUCAGGGAAAAUGAAAAAGUCGUUUGGUGACAGAUCCUUCGGUGUGGCUGCGCCCACUUUAUGGAACGCUCUUCCUGUUAGCCUCCGCAGCAUCAAAUGUAUUUCUACUUCUAAGUGUAAUCUUAAAACUUAUCUUUUUAGCUUUAAAUAUCUCUUAGAUAUUAAAUAUAUUUGUUUAUUUCUAAUAUUUGUAUAGUUUUUAGGUUAUUUGCUGUUGUAAUGCGCUUUUGAUCACCUAGCAUGUUAAAAAGUGCACUAUAAAUGAAUAAAUUAUUAUUAUUGUUAUUGAUGGUUUACUUGCUUGGAAAUGAGGUUGAUUGAUGGUAUAUUUGUGUGGAGACGAGGCUGCUUGAGAAACAGUUACACUGGAUUUAUGGGUCUUUCUGCAGGAACCAAAAUAAUGUUAAAGUUCUCCUCAGGGCUUUAUUUUUGGUUGUAAUGUUUCUUCUAUUAUACGUAAUCUGUGUGUUUUAGAACAAAAGACACACGGGAAAGCAAAAGAAAACUAAGAUGGCCGCACACUGUCCCGUCCGAGUGCGGCCAUCUUGGUUUCUGGACGUUCGGAUCUAGCCUGCGAGCAAGCUCUCCUAUUUGGGCGAGUAAAACGAGUCUGGCGAGAACGCGCGAGCGAGCGGCGAAGCCGCGAGAGGCUCGCUUCGCUUGCCCAAAUAGGAGAGCUUGCUCGCAGGCUAGUUCGGAUCGAGCUAGAUUGUGUGGUUCCAGAAAAUAUCCAUACCCCCCCACGGAAGGGAUUGGAUUUUCCAGGGGGGAGGGGGGGUCAAUUUGCCUAAUUUUCCAGUGGGGAGGGGGGAUCAACAUAGGGAAAUAUUUCCAGAGGGUUCUCGUGACGCGUAAGAGAGUGACAAAGACAAAACACAAAAAUUCACCCCGACAAUUUAAGAUAUAAAACACUACGAAAGUUAAAGAGCUACUAAACCUAUGGAUUAAUGGACGUCUCGAACAUAUUUUGUCAGUCCCUCGGCGUGACCUCUCACGCGAAAACGUUCCUUACGGUGUGCCGUUUUCGAAAGGAUUUGGUAUCCGUUUGAACGGCUUGGGAUAUCCGUUCAAAAACAAUUGUCAUCCGUUCGAACGGCUUUGGCUAUCUGUUCGGAAAAAAUUGUCAUCCGUUCGAACGGUUUGGGCUAUCCGUUUGAAAAAAAUUGUCAUCCGUUCGAACGGCUUGGGAUAUCCGUUUGAAAAAAUUGUUAUCCGUUCAAACGGCUCGGGCUAUCUGUUCGAAAAAGAAUUUGUCGACCGCUCGAGCGACAGAAGCUAUCUGUUCAAAGAUAAAUUUUAGCCGAGUUUCCAUCCCAAAACCAUUUCGUCGCUAGCCACUCGCGUUGAACGAUCUGUUAUUCUCCAGGGCCCGGUUGCAUAAAACGCCCGUAACAGUUACGGGUAUACGUACGUGUACUCGUAACUUAAGUGAGUUGCAUUAAAUCAUUUGCGUGGUCCACUUAGGGGUUUCACUUAAGUGGCUGCACUUACGAUUUUCGUAAGUAUCCACUUAAGUGUCAUUUAUGCAACAGAAAUUGCGGGUGUUGCAUAAAACCUUUUUUACGGGAAAAUUAGCACUUAAAUUUACGGGACCUAUGUGGGUCCCGUAUCCUUACUGUUUUUACUAAAGUUAACGAGCUCUUUUACCGAGAAGUGAAAAAAAAAUUGUUUUUUCUUUACGUAAUUCCGUUCUAAUGCGCUUUGUUAACCUCUGAUGUACAAUUUAAAGCCGUCGUUAAGAAAAAAGAAGAACAACAAACAUUUCCAGUGGAUAUUGAAGUAAAAUAACGAUUUCAUGUAUACUUUAUUUCAAGGAGAGGCUUAAAAAGGUGUUCGAAGCGACUUGACACUUUCUUUACACUCACCGAUGGUUAACUUAAUUUAAAAAAAUAGAGUGAGUCAAAUUAAUAAUUAAAAGUACUAUAACAAAGUUACGUAUGCCCUUAAGUGAGCCCGUAAGUUACCGCGUAAAACAGAAACUUACGAGAGUGCUAAGUGUGUUCCAUGCAACACCCGUAAGUGUACCCAUAACGGAUUCUUAAGUGACCUACUUAAGAGGGCACUUAAGUGCAGGUUUUAUGCAACCGGGCCCAGGGUGCGGUUGCAUAAAACGUCCGUAACAACUACGGGUAUACGUACGUGCACUCGUAACUUAAGUCAGUUGCAUGAAAUCACUUAAGUGGUCCACUUAGGGAAUUCACUUGAGUGGUUGCACUUACGAUUUUCGUAAGUGUUCACUUAAGUGUCGUUUAUGCAACAGAAAUUGCGGGUGUUGCAUAAAACUUUUUACGGGAAUAGCAGGUAAAUUUACGGGACCUAUGAGGUCCCGUAUCGUCACUGUUUUUACUAAAUUUAACGAGAUCUUUUACUGAGAAGUGAAAAAAAGUAUUUUUCUUCACGUUAUUCGUUCUAAUGCGGUUUGUUAACCUCUGAUGUACACUUUUGUGAAAAAAGAAGAAGAACUAUCAUUUUCAGUAGAUAUUGAGGAAAAAUAACGUUUGCAUGCAAAUUUCAUUUUUUGAGAGGCUUAAAAGUGUUGGAAACGAGUUUUAACUUUCUUUACACUCACCGAUGGUUAGCUUAAAAAAAAGAGUGAAUCGUUAAUAAAGAACUAUAUCAAGGUUACGUGUGCCCUAAGUGAGCCGUAAGUUACCAGGUAAAACAGAAACUUACGAGAGUGCUAAGUGUGUUCCAUGCAACACCCGUAAGUGUACCCAUAACGGAUUCGUAAGUGACCUACUUAAGUUAGCACUUAAGUGCAGGUUUUAUGCAACCGGGCCCAGGUCACGUACGUUACGAAGUAUGUUUACAAACGCAUCAUAUAUGAAAUAGUUACGGAUCUCUGCUCCUUUGUAGCCAUCUUCGCUUUCAUAUUAUCAAUCGAUUAUCGACAUACGUUUUAUUCAAUACUUAAGUUUUUUUUUUCAACAAGUUUCCCGAAAAUAAUAUUUUUUGUCUUUUACGCUUUUGUAGUUUAUGUAUCGGUCAAAUCGAAGCUUCAACAUGCCCCCCCGGGCAACCCCCCGGGCAUUUGACUUUUUUGAAAAAUUAUUGUUCAAAUUCCCCCCUAUCAGGGCCAAAAUGCCGUUCAAAUGCCCCACACUAGGGUCCAUUCAGGUGAUCAAAUGCCCCCACCCCGGGGACAUUUCACAGGCACAAAAAUGACAGAAGGACGGCCGAAACACCUUCAGUUGUUGAACAAAAUCUUUAUAAAUAUAACAAAAACUGAGAAACACUGUUAGCGUAUUUACUAUGAACAAAAGUCUCGUGCAAAGCGGUGGAAAUCGCUGCUACAAGGUCACUGAAUGCUCAGCUUUUCUUCGUCAUGCAACAUACAAAGCGUUCUAUAAAAAAGAUCCCACCUAUUGAGAUUACUACAUCAUGACCAUUUCACUGACAUGCAUCAUCGUUCACCUUAUUGAUUAACAUACUUGCAGUAGGCAGGAGCCAAAGUAGUUGACCUGAGCUUUUUAUCUUGUUGUUGUAUUGAAUCGCCGAUAUAGGUAUUGUCGUUCAUUGGAAACACAACAAUAAAAUACAUUCAUACAUUCAAAGCCUGAAUCCAAUAUUAAAAAUUUUAAAAUUUAAAUACUUCAAAUACGGCACAAAGCUUGUUUAAGCCCUUUCCUCGCAACCAAUUGGCCACAAAGGCACAAUCUUUUCCACGACAAUCCUCUAACACCGCGUCCCCCAUGAACGAUUUUACAUGAAAUCGAAGGUGCAGUUCAAAUUCCCCACCCCCUGGGAGACUCUGAUAAUCAAAUUCCCUCCGCCCCGGGACGGCAAAGGUGUCAAAUGCCCAGGGUAUGCCCGGGGGCAUGUUGAAGCUUCGAUUUGACCGAUACAUUAUGAGCCAGUGGAACGAAACUUCAUUUUCCUUGCAUGUCGAAAACACAAAACACGAAAAAAAUUUUUUUCAAUUGGUUGCAUUUCUUCUUCUCUUAACUGUUUCUCUAUCACAAAGAAGUUACACGAAUCUUUUCCAGCACGUUAAACUUUGCGUGACAGUAAUUUUACCGCAAACUCAAAUAUGCAAAUUUCGUAGAACGAAAUUCGAUACUCACACUGUCUUAUCGCGCCACGAGGUCCUGAUCUCUUUAAUUAUACUUCUUCAAGUGAUGCUUUCUUCUUGACGCAGUGCGAGAAAAGUACAGUUAUGUUUCCUACGCGACCUUGCAUUUCAUUUGCAGAAUUGUAGAAUUCAAUGGAAAUUACAUGAAACGCACAAAAUUUGUCUGUGACUUGAGCGCAUAAGGAGUUCGCAUAAGGAAUUCGCUUAUCUGUUAUACAAUUCAACAGAAAAUACACGAAACUCACAAAAUUUGGCAUCCUAGGGAACAAACCUACUUCUUUGUUCACUUCAAUUAGAGAUAGCAAAAUUUCCAGGGGGUGUGCGAAAAUUUUGGAAAUUCCGGAGGGGAGGUGGGUAAAUUUUGAGGGCGGAUUUUGGAAAAUCCAGAGGGAAGGGGGGUCAUACGGCAAAUCCCUCCCGUGGGGGGGCGGGGGUAUGGAUAUUUUCUGGAACUACACAUUGUCGAUCUUUGUGCAUAUUCUUUUUGUUUGACUGGUUAAAUUAAUGAAAAAAUAUGUGAGGGACAAGCAUGAGAUCUAAACUGAGGUCAGAGCAGAAGGAAACUACUUCGUGCAUCGCUUUGAGUUCGCAAGUGAAGUCAGUAGAACUGUAGAAGCUCAAUAUGCCGAAUGGAAGAAAAAAAGGUACUGUAAGGUGAGUACUUACGACUGUAUUUCAGUUUGGUCAUUUUAAUUACACAACACAACUUUUCUUGCUUUCUUUGAUUUAAGCUUUAAUGCAUGCACGAACCUUGAGCGAAUGGACAUUAUAAAUUCCAAAUCUGAGAGCUUUUCCUGUACAAAUUUAACACACUUUCAAAUCUAAUAAAUUCUCAUCAUUCUUUACCAGGUCUUCAAUUGGGGUGGACAGACCUGCUUGAAUAGGCUGCUUAUGAUAGGGUCAUCCAGUGAAAGAACUUACUCCUACAGUGGGCUGGAGAUUGAGCCACUUGAAUUAGGAAAAACAGAUAAGGAUAUAAAUCCGGACUUUUACAGUAGCUUAUAAUCCAAUAAUUGUUUUAAUAUAAUAUUCAUUCAAAAUUAUUUCCAAGUUUAAAACGUAUGUAAGUUGCUGCCUCCAUGUUCAUAAUAUAAUACAUGGGUCCUAAAUUUUGAAAUUUUCUCAAAAUUCAGGCUGUGCAAAAUUUACAGGUUUUUUCACAGGGUGUUUUCUUGUGACAGGGUAUUUCACAUAUUUUUCACAGUAUUUUCACAGGUUUUCAUCCAAUAUUGGAAAUAUCCCAUCUUAGGCCAUGAAAAACUCACUCCUGUGCAUCAGAAAUUGGGCCUCUGUGCCAAAUAAUUUAUUUGAAGAUUUACACAAUAUACUGGAACUUUCUAAAUUAUGUUAUAUAUACAGUCAACUCUUUCAUAAGGAACUUGAAUUAGUGCAUGGCAUUAAGUGGUCGUAUUAACAGAAGGUAUCCACUCGUGGUUGAAUUGUUUCACUGACAUUGAUAUAAAGAUAAAUAUCCUUCUCGUCUAAAAAUUGCAAGUUCUCCUUAAAACUAAAAUAUUCUUUGUUUUUUUUUAAGCAAUUAAUAUACAGUACACUUUUACUAGUAAAUGUGUCACUUGUUAGAAUUAAAAUCGCCUGAGUGCAAUUUUAACCAAACAAAACCUGGGAAAACUGUCAAGUAGUUUCGUGACAUUUGAGCAAUUAUAAUAUUGUAGAUUACAGAGCUGUAUUUUGUCUAAAAUUUUAUAAAAGUAUAUACAAUUUUAUAAGUGUAUGAACUAUUGUGAAUUUUGUUUUAUAAAAACGUACAAAAAAUUAAGUUUUAUGAAAUAAAAUACAAUUUUAUAAAAGUGUGAAGUUUGUAAAAAAUAUUUCAUAAAAUCAUGUAAAAAUUAACAAAAAUUUUAUAACAUUUUAUAAAACAGCCGACUAGGGUAAGAAUUUUUUCUGUGCUUUCAGGUGAUCAAUUUCUCUUUCUUCUUUAAUUAUGAGACGGUUUAAAAGAGAACACUCAAGUUUUCAAUACUGUACUUUUAUUUGCCAACAUUAUGAUUUUUAAUGCAAUAACUGAUUGAACAUUUUCCAUAGUCUGCUAUCCCAUGAAAGAUUUCAGAUCGAUGAUUGGCACACACCUGGUUCUACAGUGUAGAAGGGCCCAAUGGUACUGUGCCUGGUGACUUACUUUUGGCUUUCAGUGCACAACAAGGAAGACUUAGUUUUUGCAUAGUGUAAAAUGCUGGCCACAAUUUGAUGCCAUAUCUCUCUCUCUGCUGGAAAUUUCCCUGAGCCGAGCCAACAAUUUCCUACCACAUUGCCUUGCAGUCUAUCAUUGCAGUUUUGAUUUCCGAAACUGAUUCCAAACACAGGGCUUGAAAUAAUUUUGCGACUGGCACCAGUCAAGUUCCAGUUACACCUAUUUUGCUUGGACACACCCCUUUGCCAGACAAUUCCAAAUAAUUUAUUAUGACAUACAUGUAUCUCUAUAAAUUUAUACAAAAUUUGGUUCAUUAGAAGCCUAAAGGACCCAGACAAAGUGUCCGGUCGUCCAAGGAUUUGACCGGUCAAAGCUUACUUUUGACCGGACAUAAUGUCCAUUGACUGGCCGUUAUUUCAGGCCCUGCCAACCAGUCGACGCAGUUUACAAAGAGUAGCCAUAUCUGAUAGUGGCUAGUCAGGGGCUAGUACUGAGCAGAUUCUGUGAUUAGGCUGGUGAAUUCUGUCCCUUGUUCAUCGGGGCUGUUUUAACUUAUUAAUUAUGGGUUCUUUUGACUUAUUAAUCAUAGUAGUGGAGAUGUUUCAGGCAAACACAUCUUUACUUGCCUGAAGGGUAACCUGGAAAUUUUUUUUUUUGCAUUGAAUGCUCAAAGUUGUUGGACUCCCUAUAGUUAAUUCAGUCCUCCGAUUAUUUUGACCCGCAAAAGAAAAAGGACACAUUUAUUUGUAAUAAUUAUUAGUAUACUUCAACAAAAAUCUUGGGAAAAAGCCUUUUAAUAUUCAACAUUUGUACAUGUAAACUUCCGUAAUAUUGAUUAGUUUAAUUUUUCACCUGAUAUUAUAUUGUACCCGUCGCCGUAAUUUUUAUGCCAUCUUCGAAAAAUUGUAAUUGAGGAGGCCUAAUUAACAUAAGCUCUAUAGUUUCUUUUAGGCCUCCUCACCAUCUCUUCCUACAUUUUUUUUUCUUUUGGCAUCUUUAAGUAAUUAUUGUAAUUGUGUGGCAAAUAAAUAAAAAUAAAAUACCUAAAUACUUGCUUAAUAUUACAUGACCCUUUUACACCGCUGACCAUACUGCUUGUCUCUGAAAUCAAAAUGGCAGCCCAGAUACUGCGAUCGAAGGUUUCAGAUGUCUUGCAAGGCUUUCUUUAGUGGUAAAUCACCUUAAACAACAUUAAGAUUGGGAAAAUUUUUAAUUAAAGUUAGAAUUCAUUGUUUAUGUUACUUGAAUUUAGCAUUCUUUUACGAUCGGAAGCGAUUUGAGUUCAAUUGUGCGAAAUCGCAACAUCGCGUAACAAAAAAUGUACAAAAAAGCGUGAUGUACGUUCAAAGUUGUUGUGUUGCUUUUUUAAACCUAUUGCUCUUUUUGACGUUCACCCUAGUGUCACUUUUUAAAACUUGUUUCUAGAUUAACGGGGUUACAUUUAAAACGUCUGGGCAAUUUCAUUUACCUUUAAGCAACCCCCUUCCCUAAGGAUUUCGUAAGCGAACACCCUUGAGACCGUCGGUAUUACCAGCUUAGUAGAGGUACUACGUACGAACCUAGUUCGUGACUUGCACGGGUUUCUUGUAGCGUCGGAACAAGCGAUUGGUUCGUGUCCUGUUAUAAGAACAUUUGAGUUUUCUAGCCUGCUCGAGUUAUAACGUCUGUAUGUAAUUUUUACUUUCAGCUAAUCCUUGCAAUUGUGGUACGUGUGUUAAUGUUCCUGGUUCAUACCGAUGCAACUGUGAUCAGUGGACAACAGGUGUACAUUGUGAGGUUGAUAUUGAUGAAUGCCAAAACCAGAGCCUUUGUAACAGGCACUUAAGGCAAGGUGUCUGCCAUAACUACAAUGUGGUGACAGAUUACCCCGCGUGUGAUGAUCCUCUGCGGAGAGGUUUCUUGUGCUUUUGCAGAAAUGGGUUCCAAGGUAAGUUUUACCCGUGUUUUGUGCGGUAGAUCGGGGCGAAAAAAGUAAGACUUUCUACUCGCGCCAUGCGCGAGGAAUCGUGGGUCGCCCCAAUAGAACAUAACCAGACCCUCCUUUUCUCCACCAAGAUUAGCUCCUACCACGCAUGCGACCAAAAUGUCGUUUUAGAAAAAGCGCUUGUCAGUGGUAUGGAUUAAGAUCCCCUUUUUUUCUGUUUGGUGGAGAAACGUAGCACUUUCGAUCCCUAAAUUGAAACUCACUCACUUUUACGUGCAUCAGCUAUUUUGAAUGCUUCAGUGUAACAGUAUCGGCAAUCUACUCUUUUAAUUCUAGACUAAGGCUAUGUUUUGUGCGAGAUUGGGUAUAGCUGCACAUUAAUGAAAAUGAGAGCCGCUGCGCAAAGCUAGUUCGAUCCUCAUAACAUAGAUUCACUUUUUUGUCUUUCCCUCAGACAUCUAUUGUAAAAUAAACAAAUUUUUAAAGUACUAUGAAUAUCAAAUCACAAAACGUUGCUUUAAUGGAGGGAAGACUCGAAGGUUUCAAAGCUUCUUGAUGGUUUCUUAAAACAAGACGCUACGGAGCGUACACUUCGGCGUCGUGGUUGUGGAACUAAUUAAUUGUGGAGGAAUAGUAAGAAAUCAAAUAUGGUAAGAUUAAGGUGUUAAUUUGUGAAAUUAUGGGAUUUGUCAGGAUAUUCUGAAAAGAGCAACAUCCAAGAGGCCUACUUGCCAAAAACUAGCAUUUCGGGACAAAUUGUCUCCGAGAUAUUAGUCCAGUUAUGCUCUGAUGAUUCCAUAUAAAUCCUUCUAAAAAAAACAAUUCUCUAUUUUUCUUAGUCACAUUAGGCUUCAAAAACAGCAUAGCAGUCUCUUGUACUGAUUAAAGAUAUGUAAGGCAUGGGUAAGGAGUCAAUUAGGUUGAGCAUGGAAUUGGCUAAAACUCAAAGUCACGAGUUUGAAUGUUUUGAGGAUAAUUAUUCACUGACUAUCAGCACGCAGGGAUGUCGGAUUAACACAAGGAAGUUUAACACCAAAGGAACAUAGCCUUUACAGAGCUUUAAAACACUGCAUCCACCAACACAAACUUGACUUGAACUUUGAGUAAAACUAAACAGCCUCUACCAAUAAUAACAAACUCUCACUUGAACUUCAGAUAUCUUACAGCUCCCGCGAACUUGUAAACACAGAACCUGAAAAUCGACCUUCGUCACACUUGACUAAACACAGCAGUCCAGCUCGUGGGAAAAAACUUAGUUCGUCAAAAAAACUCGCUUGGAACUUGUAUACCGUUUGACGUAAGGUUCUAGAAAAUACUAAAAAGGCGAAUAGUAGUAGUUUUUCGACAUAUUUUAUUAUUUCAGGAACUGAUGCAAAUCUGCUGACUCAUGCUGAAAUGUAAACACGCCCUAAUUAAUUCACUUCGUGGAUAAUCCAAAAAUGUGGAGAACGUUCGAGAAAGUCACGCAACGCAUGAAAGCAAUUUUACUACGUAACACUCAACAAAGACAAAAUGUCUUUGUGCAGCAUUUUGUAACUUUAAAUUCAUCAUAAAACAGUUCGAAAGGAGGGCUCACUCGUGAAAUAUUUUUCAACACUCGAAGAGAAAUUUCGUGUCUCUGCGCGGCCACGAAAUAUCCUCUAUUUAUUCCUCGAGUAAUUAAAGACUAAACUCGAAGUGAUCUCAAGAUAUCACGAAGUAGUACGAUCUCAUUUCGUGAAAUAGUUGAAACAAGCCGAAAAGUCACGAACUUGCACGCCCAAUCUUGUCCCGAAACUAGUGCAUCAUUUCAUAACUAUUUUUCAUAUCCCAAGCCACGUUCGGUCGCAGUUGCGCAAUCGGCUAAUCGCUCAACUUAGAGUCUCCUCUGAUCUGACGGGUCACACAGGUGAGUCAGUUCAAACCCCGGGAAAGCCAAAAUAAUAAUUCUUUCUUCCUCAGUUAAAGAAUAAAUCAAAGAAAUCGAAGUGAUCUCGAGAUAUCUCGAACUAAUUCGGCUCUCACUUCGUCAAAUAGCCCAAUAGACGCGAAAACCUACAGACUUUGCUUGCCCAAUCUUGUCAAAAAAUGGCAACUUUGAUACAUUCCUGAGCGUCGCGAAUCCUUUACUUUGCGCUCCGCCGAAGUAGUAAUGAAUCUCGUCAAAUACCAGUUCGGGAGUAUGCCAGUUUUGGAAGAAGCGAAAACAAUGGUCUACGUCACCAACCAUAACAUGAUCACCAUGGCGAUGGUCAUUUUCAAAACAUACAAAAUGGCGGACAAGGGAGAGGAGAGGAGAGGGUAUUGACCAAAAUUCUCGUUUAUUCUUGCUUUAUCGAGCCUUUUAUUUGUCUUUUCGUUACUAUGAAUUGGGAAGUACCUUGAGGACAGGGAGUAACCAUUCUUGCGCUAUAGUUCUUCGCUUAUCACGCGCUUAGUAGGCACUGCGUACUCACUGCGUAUGUAAUCAGUACAUCGAAAAUAGGUAAGCACGCUAACAAGUUUGUGCCUAUUUAUUUCAUUAUUUUUUUAUAUCAUAAGGAAAAAAGAACGCUUUGGAAACAACUAAGAAGUGAGUUGUUCUAUAAUUCAUUUCCUUAUGUUUGCUUCCACAGUAAGUGUUAAUGUAAUUUUUCCCGUUGCUUCUGUUUCUCUCCCGCGAGUGAGCGACUGGCCGGAGAAGACGGCUAUAAUUCAGGUUGUUUUGGUGCGAGCGAGUCAUUUGUGAGUAAAAUAUCUGUUUUUUCGAAUAUGAUGUUCUGUUGGUUUAUGUCUUGAAGCGGUUCCGUCGAGGUAUACAACAGGUUUACAAGGGAUUUCGAGUGCUUCGUUUUCGAAACUACCAUAUCAUCCCUGAUCAUUUUGUUCUUGUCCCGCUUCCAAAAAAACCUAUUGCUUUCAAUUAUUCCACUUUCUGAAGUUCACUGAUUAUUGGGUCAAGCUUAACCAAUGGAAGAGGCUCUUUAGAAUUUAAUAAACAUAUUGGAAAACUAAGAAUUAUGCUUGUUACAUGUUUUUGGAUCUAUUGAUUAAAAUGGGACACUAUAGUCUUGUAGUCCACCGGAUUUGACCAGAGGUCAGAGAUCAACAAGGUUAUGGUUUGUUAUAAAAUAUCCUCUUGUAUGGGAUUUGAUGUUACAUCCGAAUAAUACUAAAUUAUUGUUUUUAACUCUGGGGUUGCCUUUAAACCAAAGGCAUUGUAACUUUGAGAAGCACUUUUCUCCAAGUCUUCUCUGUGGGGACCCUCAAACAAUUCUAUUAGACAAGUUUUGGCCCCAAAUAAUAAUGAUUACUUCACUUGGCAAGGACACAACAUUAGUUUUCCAAAGUUCUUUUUCAUAGCCGGUUCUUCAUGUUUCUAUUGAACAGCACUUUCAAGAAAACAAAGCUCACACAUCAGAGUAAAUUAAAGAUACAAUAAAAGUUAUUUAUUGUUACAUUUUGUUUUUUGUAAAUAAACAUUUGAUUUUAGGUCCUGACAGUUAAUUCUUGCUGUAUUACUGUUUUUGAUUCUGACCUGCAUGACUCGCUGCCAUGGCUCUCUGGCUCGCAUAUUAUACACACUCUUUUAUCUCAAAAUCUUGUUUUUUAACACCUUCGUGGACAUGAAAACCAAAAACCAAAACUUAUUUGAUAUAAUAAAGACAGUAGAGGCUGCCAUCGAUUUUCAAUAGUUAUCUUGUGAGAUGUCUCUCAUGUAUUAUUUAUUAGGGAGGAUGAUUUGUUGAAGACGAUGCAUUAACAUAGAUGCUUUUUCAUCAAGAGGAUCUCAAUAAUUUAGGAUUUAUUCAAAUACACACAUAUUCGAUAUUAUGAAAUCAAAUGUGGGCUUAUUGCUCAUGCACAAGGAUUGAUGGGGGAGAGUGUGGCAUUUUUCAUGUUUCAGAUUGACCUUUUGCACAGCACAGGGACUGAACAUACUAUGUAUUUGGCAUCUGUAAAGUAUAAACAAUAUUUCACGUGAGGGAUUGAACAUUAUGUAGAGAAAAUCUUCACAAGCCUCCACUUCCAUGACUCCUUUCUCAUCUAUCUCCUUUAAAGCCCCUUGAAUAAAGGCCACAGUGUCUUCUAUGGUUGAAUGGUCAUUGAGUGUGAGCUUCCACUCACAAGGUAUAUAAGCCCCCCGUCCAACCUGUUUCCCUCUUCCCCAUUUUUGAAAGGGUCAAAGGAGGGGCUUUUGUGGUGGGUAGGCCUGUGACCACGCUACAAAGAAACAAAAAAAACAUGAUUAAUUUUAUUGAGGUAGGGUUCAAUUUGGACAUUAAAUUUUUCAUUACAGUGACCUACAGUGGAACAUAACGCGAACCUAAAGCAAUAUUUUGCCCUCAGAGCACAAAUAUGUCGUUCUGAAGAUAUUUAGCAGUUUUGUCUUCCCGGUUGCUUUUCCCAGCUUUUUGGCACAAACGCGACAACAUGUUUGUAAUAUCUCCAGAUGUUUGUGUACAUUUUGGACUGACAUCCUGAUCAAAAUAAAAGAAAUCAAUAUAAGAACCUACUCACACCCAUUUAAAACUCAUUCCACACACAUGAUCUGGAUCAAUAAAGUGAUUUCUAAAUGAAAGUCGCAUACAUUGCCGGUGAACACAACGAAAAACAGACCUGAUCGAUUAUAACUAAAACUACAUAGACAGACUAAGGCAUAACCAUCAAUAUCAGUAACCCUUCCUGUCCGUUGGCAAUUUUAAAUGUGUGGUUGCCAUUUUUACUAGGUUGUUGCCAUCGAUGAAACUUUGCCUGAACACACUUUACAUGUUGUAGUUUUGAGGAAAAUUAGUCUUGAUUUCGUAAAAAUUCGGCAAGAUACUGAAAACUAAACAUAAAGUCAUGUACUUACAUUCGAUACCCGUCAAAAUGGCGGCGGCGGCGGCGAAGGCCAUUUGAAAACUGUCGCUUUUAACUACCGAAAUGUGGCAGGAAACUUCCCUUGACUUUAAAAAAGCAAGGAGAAGGCUUCUUCAUCGGUACUGCUAGCUCGGAAGUCCCAGAUAUUGAACGAGGAGACCUGGAACAGGCUUUGAAAAAAGCUCUCUUGUUUCUUGCGAUUAUUUUUUCCUAUUUUUGCGUGUUUUUAGCAGAACAAUGGAAUCAUGACGUCAUCGCUUCUUCCAAAACUGGCAUACUCCCGAACUGAAUACCGCAUAGCUAAGAAAUGUCACGAUUUUUAUCAUUGUUGUAGGUGGUUGCAUCAUCAUUAUUCACGAGGUUGUCACGUUGGAUUCUAAUUUAAUGAAACAGUCUUUAACUCUGACGACUUAAUUCUAAAAGUGUUAUAAGUUAUUGCUUCUUAAAAGAUAAGAGCCUUUACUUAGGCACUAGUUACAAAACUAAAGAUAUCUUCAUACGUUCAAGUUACUAUCAUUACUGUGGAAAGCCAGAAUGAGAUGUUGAAUCACACAGUUUGCACGUGAAAGUGUUGGACUUUGCCCCUUUCGUGGUUCGUACGUGAGGGAAGUCGAGUUAUCACACAGUAAUCGAGUACACAGAAUUAUCAAAAUAACUCAUACACACAAUUUGCACGUGAAGAUGUUGGACUUUGGCCCUUUUACAUUUUUUAAAUUUUUUCCAACGAUUUUCAGAAAUCACCUAGGCUUCAUUACAACAUCUGCAAUUAAAUUAUGCUUCAUGCAACGUGAUGGUUGAUAGCCCAACAUUUAUUAACUUCCAAGAAAAUUAUCAAACUGCCGAAGUAUAUUUCUACUCAUAUCGUAUUACUCCACUAAAUAAAACAGUAUCUAAUUAUUUGGGCGUGGCCCAAAUAGAGUAAUCGAAACGGCUUGUUUUGACGCAAAAGUGCAAUAGGCACGCAAUACGUUCUGACGUAAACAAGGCAAGUAAACAAGCGAAGCGAGAUGCGAACGUCUUGUACAAGGUAAGAGGCGUGUGGGAAAGAAAGCUCUGUUAGCACGGCACCUUAUCGCACUUUUACGAUCUCAAAAGUUAAUCUGAAUCUUCAGUAAUUUUACCUCAUAGAAAUUUGGAAGUCUGAAGUUCAGGGAUGAAAUCUAUCAAAAAUAUUUGGAAUAUUAAGGUCGGGUUUUGCUCAAAAUAACACCUUGAGCGAUUUUGUUCUGAGAUGUCGAGAGCGUAAGGAGAUGUUGUGCAAAAAGUUUGUGACUUCAGCCUAGUAAGAUUAAAAAAAGAGAACAAAUACAUUUACGAAUUAGUGAAUAAAGCGGAGAUAAGAUUUAUGAUUUAAACAAUGUUUGUUGUCACGUUGACGGUUUUGUUAGGUAAACCAUUGCAGUAUGUACUCUGUUGGUGCAGGUCACUGGGCUUUUCAAAAACACGCGAACUCUGACUCUCAAAAGCCGCCUUCAUAAUUACGUUUUUCGCUGCCGUUAAUCAUCGUUACGAUCCCAAGCAACGAACCUUGAAACACAGAAACUCACAAAACGGAUCGAAAUCCACCAGUCACAAAUCACAAACCAUGACCUUUUGAACCCGUUGAAGUAAACUUCUGUUCCUAAAGGCCGGUUUUCACUAGCGACGGAGUCGGAGUCGUAAGCGGAGUCGUAAGAGCGCUUAUGACCUGGUGAAAAUAAAAAAUCGGAGUUGUAAGCGGAGUCAUAAGCGCGACGGAAUCGGAGUCAGAAGAAUCAGAACAAUUCCAUUUUCUUCCGACUCCGCUUACGACUCCGUCGCUUACGUUCCGCUUAUGAUCUAGUGAAAACUAGAUUGUCGGAGUCGGAAGCAGAAGCGGAAGGAUAAGCCAAUCAAAAUGCACGUUCCCACGCUUUGUGAUUGGUUUGGUUCUUCUGCUUCUGCUUCCGACUUCGACAAUCUGUUUUUCACUAGAUCAUAAGCGGAACGUAAGCGACGGAGUCGUAAGCGGAAUCGGAACGCUGUUUUCACCAGAUUAUAAGCUCGACGCUUCUGAUUACGACUCCGACUCCGACUCCGUCGCUAGUGAAAACAAGCCUUAAGAGGUCCGCUAAGAUGAUUGGCGUCUGACAAUUUUUUUUGACGAGGGGAUCGAAAUGCACCAAUCAAAGAAAGACAAUUUUAAUUGCGUGUUUCCUAAGUGGUCAUUUGAAUAUAAUCCAGUGAGGGAAGAUUUGAAUUUCGUUUGACCCGAAAUGUUUCAAAGCGGCAGGAAGAAGCAGUUUGGAGAAAAUUUGGUGACUCUGUUACGAGGAGCGUUGUCAAUAUAAUGUUGAAGUAUGUUUUCAUGCCUUAAACUUACAAAUGCACAUACUUUUCGCGGUAGGCUCAAACUAAAAAAUGACUCUGAGCGAUUUCGGAAUGGGCUGGUCCACGAACUCAAAGAAAAACAAACGAAAUUGUCAAGACAUUCAAUGACGUCAAAUACUGCAUAGACGUAAUGACAAAUCGGAAUAUCAGGAGUGUACGUCUAAAAUGGAUAAGACUUUGAAGAGAGGAAUGUGUAUCACGUUUGAGAGUCGAAAGAUUUGUAUAGCUGGUAAUCAGUGUGACAUUAGUGAUUUGAAUAUUCACAACGCGGAAGACAAGAAGUUGCCUGUGUUCAUAUAAAUGUGUUCCGAUGAAGGACGAGACGAUUGUCAACAAUUGAAACCGAAAAGGAGUCACGUUUCUUUUGUAACUACUGUGGUAGCUGUAGCAAUUCUUCUUAUGCUUUCAAUUUUGUUUAGCAGAGUGACUGUUAAAAGCAAUUUUACUGUCACGCCAGUAAAAUGUAGUUAAUGGAACGUGAUGCUGGUUAUCAGUAACCCUUUAAUGGCGGUUCUAUUUCAAUAAAGCAGUUGUGUAGUCAAGUUGCCAAGGUCAGCAAGCUCUAGCGUAGAACUUUACGGCCUUGUUGUCUUUAGCAGGCUAGUACGAUUCAAAGCAUUGGCCAAUUUUUUCAAAGCACUAUUCAUGGCUAAGAGUUCGCACUUGCAACGCUGAGCUGUCUUGUAGUGCAGCCUUUCCUACUGGCUAUGCCAGCAGACGUUCGUCUAGCUAUAGAACAACUGUCCAGAGUUUACUUGAGUUCUGUUGUUGAGCAAGGUUAGCGUUCAGCAUAUAAUUCUUGUAAAAUUUUUAAAAUGGCUCGCCCCCGUCGUACUAUUACGCGCUCGAACCGUGCAUCCAGCCGAGGCGAGCAGGAUCUCUCAGUGUUAUCCAGCGAAGUGCUCAAACUCCGUCUUCAAGCCCUGAACCUCCCUAUUACGGGAUCCAAAGGGCAGCUGCUAAAUCGCCUGAAGCGGGCCUUGCCGGGAAAAGUGGCCACGUCGACCACAGCGCAACCAAAGCGAGUUUCCAAGGCUAAAGCUAAAAGGGGCGCCCUGCAACGAGAACAACCACGGUGACCGGGCGCUCGUCGGAAAACCUUCCAGCGAACCUCGACAACGUUAAUAACGAAGACAACGCCCUGUCAGACCGUGCUUCGUUGUCCUCUAUCGAUGAAAUGAUCAAGUCGGAUCCUGAGCCGGACGAGUCCAGUUUCCAAGAGAACACUGGCUUCAGCCAAUCUCAGUGUGCAACCAUCGAAGCCAUCGUGACCGAUUCAGUCCGCUCCGCAAUAACAACGCUUCAAACUUCUCCAGCUGCUCAUCUUCCGCAUUGGCUAUACAGGGCGGCGUUCAGGCCGGGUCUGCCCGAACCUCAUUUCGGCAGCACAGCACUCUGACGUAGUUUCUUUGAAUUUGCAAAAGGAAGUAGCCCUGGGAAGGGUAGCAGGUCCCUACCCCUCCCCACCCUUACCUAAGUUUCAAUGUCAUCCGGUAGGCGUUGUCCCCAAAAAACACUCACCAGAAUGGCGCACUAUUCACCACCUCUCCUUCCCCCAGGGUACUAGCAUUAACGACCACAUCCCUAAAUACCCCUAUUCUCGAAGUUAUGUACGGGUAGACGAUGUCAUCUGUAUCCUCCAGUCCCUGGGAAAGGGAGCUUUCUUGGCCAUGACUGAUCUCAAAUCAGCCUUUCGUCUUAUACCUAUUCAUCCUGACGAUUGGAACUUACUGGGCAUUUAUUGGCAAUCCCAAUACUACGUAGACAUAUAGCUACCCUUCGGGCUCCGUUCGGUCCCGUUCCUCUUUGAUUAGCUGUCUGACGGCCUCGAGUGGGUCCUUAAAAAUAACUACGGCAUCCAGCCUGUUAUUCACAUCCUGGACGAUUUCUUAUUGCUGAACGAAACAAAUUAGACUGGUUAACCAGCUUUAGUAUUCUGUUACGGGUAUUCAUGUCACUCUAGGCCCCGGUAGUCGCUUCUAAGACGAUAGGUCCCUCCUGGGAGAUUGAGUUCAUGGGUAUUAUCUUAGACAGCGUCCGCAUGGAGGCCCGCUUGCCCCAGGACAAACUGAUCAGAAUCAAUCAGGUGCUCAACUCUUUCAAAAAUCGUUGGUCAGCGCGCCUGGUCGAGUUACAAUCACUGAUCGGGACUCUCCAGUUUGCAUGUAAAGUAGUGGUGCCGGGUAGAAACGUUCUACAGCGAGCGAUUAAUUUGACCAGUGGGGCCCCUAGUCGUUUUCACCACAUAAGGCUUAAUAAGGAAUUCUUUAAGGACCUAGCCCUGUGGAAACUUUUUCUGUCCAAAUGGAAUGGGCGCUCCUUUUUUCUCAAGUCUACUCCUACCCCUGCUCAAAAUCUCGAGCUAUACACCGACGCUGCGGGCUCUAUAGGCUUUGGGGGAUACUUCCACGGAAAGUGGUUUCAGGGCCGUUGGCCUCGGCACAUGCAGUUGAACCAACAACAGGGUAUUAGCUUUGAAUGGUAAGAGCUCUUUCCCAUCGUUGUUGCCUGCGCCAUAUAGCACCGCCUUCUCGCCGGAAAACGCCUUCAAUUCUGGUGCGACAAUUUAUCUGUGGUAUCUAUUAUAAAUUCAGGGCAUUCUAAGAACCCCCGCAUUAUGGAUUUGGUUAGACGUGUCGUGCUUCUUUGGAUGAAGCACAACUUCGUAGUGCGAACUAGUCACGUUCCUGGGGUUUCAAACGAAAUUGCUGACGCACUCUCCCGAUUUCAGAUGCAGCGCUUCCGGGCCCUUGCCACCGACGCCGACCAGAAUCCUUGUACCAUCCCGCCUUCGCUCAUGACCCUCUGAGAGAGGAAGUCCUGCGGUACGCUACCUGAACAGGAGGGCAUUUUGCAUGUGCGCACGUGCGUGCAUCCGCUGAACGAAGAUAGCUUGGGCGCAUCAAAUCUGAUGGCGGGAAAUCGAAAACUCGCGUAAAGGUACGGUCCUUUUAAAAGCCAUUUCGUUGGUGCUUUGAAUACCGUACUUUCCUACAAAAAAUUUUUUCACUUGUAGAUUUUUCAGCAAUAGGUUUUCUUGGCCCUUUAAAGACUUUCAAGACUCAACGCCAAAAAGUCAUGUUCCUGCAUAAGUCUGAUUUUCACUGGCAAAGCAAUGCAUUUCCAAACUCGUGGUUUUACUUAUCAAGGAGGAAAUGCAUCAUAGCAAUGCUCAGCUGCUUUAAUACUAAAAGCGAAAAAAAUUUAACACGCGCGGUUUAUUUAUUAGCGCGAUGUCUAUAUAUGCCACAAAAACAUGAAAUCCAUGGGUUUUUUUUACAGUUUUUCGAAAGCUUAUGCGGAAAAUUUUAUAAAAACAUUUUUCAGGAAAUGAAGAAUGGAUUGAGUUUGAAACAGCAACAAUUACAAGUGAUUAUGUACUACAUAAUCAUUUGAGCAUUUCAUAAGCUCAGUUGCAGACAAAACGAAUGCACAUACCCGUAAAAAACGAACAAUACUCUUAUUUUUCUUUAACUCUAAAAGAAACAGAUUUUUCCCAAGCUAGUUUUUUGAAGUGACUCUUGAGUAACAGCUCCUGUGUUCCACAAUCGAUUUCUUGUUAUUAAUUCAUAUUUGAUGACAGUAGUGAUCCAUUCAAAACAGAGAAUGGCCAUCACUUCAUAAAUCUAACCGACGAUGUUGUUCUCCCUCAAAGCCUGUUUAAACAUGAGACAGGAAUUUUUCUAAAAGGGGUUCAUAUAAUGCUGUUUCCUCAAAAAAUAAAUACUACUGCUAGAGGUCUCAAAUGAGCUGGGAUGUGACAACAAACAUGACACAAAUUGAUGUAUGAAUUUGAGUGUUAUUAAGGUUUCUGUUGGGAGCUUUUUACUGUAUCCAGAUGAACCCUUUAUGAAAGUUGUACAUCAUGGAAGAAUUAUCAAGCAGAAACUGAGAAUGUGGUUCAAUACAGAGGAGAACCUGGUCUCAUUCAACAUCAUUUGUGAAUGAAAUGUCUCACAAAUUAGCAUAUCAAAAAAUGUAGUAUCCACAAAAUGGUAUCAUUUAGGAAUAAAUGCAAUUUUUUUGCAACAUAAGCCAGGCUUUAUUUAAAAGGUGUAUUAAUAACGUUUCAUUUCGUUCUAUUUUGGGGUUGGGGAGUUUGGCUGGAUUUUCUUUAAAACGCCAAAAUGUUAUAUUUAUUUGCAUAAUGAAAUGUAAACAAACAGUGUACUAUCAAAAUAAGGUGGAAAAAAAAAUCAGAAUUCAAACCGAUUGCUGUAAUUUUUUUUCCUUCCUAUAACUAAAUGAUAGAAUAUUCUUAUUUUCAAAACACAAUCUUACUGGAAUCAUUAUAUUGACUUAAAUUUAUAGUUGAAGUGCGUGUAUUUUAUUUUUCAACGAAGACGUACCGGUGAAGAAAGCUAAAAUUACUGCAGAAGGCGAUUUUUCACAGCCUUCAUCAAAGCGCCAUUCAUUCGCAGCAGUAUUCGUAGUUUCAUUAAUCAUUAACUUAAUUUGGGAAGAAAGGCAAUAUUUCGCGAUAAACAAGCCAGCGAAAGGGUGAAAAAAAUUUUCACGGCAGAAUGGACACUUAACCACUGUAUUCCUGAAACGGUUAAGUUCGAUUUUAGAGUUAUACUAUUGAGAAGAAUUAAGCAUCUAUAGGAUAAUUGUUUAACGAAAAAUUAUCCCACUGACCUUUUCCUCCUCCUGAAAAAAUGUGCACGAAAUGUGAAAUGUGAAAUGUGAUUUUACGAAAGGAAAGACUGUCCUCUCAAGAGCGACAGCGAGGCUACAAUAAACUCACUUUGAUAGUAGAAAUACCACGAUACCUGAAAGAACACGUUUGUGGAACGUAGCACCCAAUACACGUCAUUCAGCUCCAGCAAACAGCCUGCAAAUGGUAGUACUGAACGUAAACAAUUCACAGAAAAUGCCUCUGUGGCACUUCAACUGCCCAUAUUGACGUAAACGCAUACAAAAUGCCCUCCUGUUCGCUACCUGGGGUCUGGCCUACAGCUCUGGGGAAAAACGGUUUUUACAAUUUUGCCUAAUGAAUCGUAUCUUAAGCUCAGAAGGAGAUGUGUUACCUGCCUCUAAAGGGACACUGAUGUACUUCGCUUCUUGCCUAGCUAGGACAGUACGGCACAGUACUAUUAAACUCUAUUUAGCCGCCGUUCGCAAUCUUCACGUGACAGCAGGGUACCCUGAUCCUCUUAAAGGCAAGCUCCUUCUCCGCAAGGUUUUGCGCGGCAUUCUUCGCUAUCAGGGCAACCAGCGCACCCGUCGCCUACCUGUAAGCCCUGAGGUUCUUGCAAUUUGUCCCGUCUUACAGUCAUGGCUUAGUCCCCGGGUUUUUUCUAUGAUCUGGGCCGCGUUUAACUUGGCCUUUUUCGCUUUCUUGCGCUGUAGCGAAUUUACCUAUAGCGGAGUGCGCAAAUUUCGCCAACGAUUCGAUCUUUCUACCGAUUGCAUAUCUUUUCACCCCAGCCUGGCACGUUCGCAGCGCAUAACAGUAUAUCUAAAAUCGUCUAAGACAGACAUUGCAAGGUGAGGUCAGUCACUCACUAAAGCUCGCACCUUGUCGCCCCUUUGCGCCGUUGCAGCUAUGCAAGAGUAUUUUCUCUCAGCUAGGCCGCAGCAUGGACUUUGUUUUAUUUCAAAUCAUGUCGUUACCUCACCCGGGCAUCGUAUCCGACCUCCUUAGGGAUAGUGUAGGGUCGCUGGCCUCCCUUAUCAAUGCCUAAAAGGGCAUAGCUUUCGCAUCGCUGCGGCCUCUGUUGCAGCCGCCGCCUGCUUGCCAGAUUGGCUUAUAAAAGUUCUUGGUCGCUGGUCCUCUGACUGUUACCAGCUGUAUAUCAGAACUCCUCAAUCUACAUUAGAGUCUGUAGCUCCCAGGAUGGCUAUUGUUCCUGGACGCUUCCAGCCAAUGUAGCUUCCGUUUUUUCUACUUGUCUAUUCGUUCUCUUGUUUGGGCUUGGGGGGAUGCAUGCAUCAGUUGCUGUUAAGUCUGUGCAGCGACUUCCCCCAAGCUUGUUGGCCGCGUUGUCGUUUAAUAUCGCCUGCAAACCGAUACUUUUGUCCGAUCCAGCAGGUGCUGUAUUGCAUUCAGCUCGUAAUGCUGGGGAGAUAAGUGUGGUUCUUUGGUCACGCCAUCGCCGGAAGUCGUAGAGGCUAACCUAGCACCAGGCAGUGCUCCCCGAUUAACGCCAACUUGUCGUUAUUUGUUUUAUAAUUUAGUUACUUCGCGUUUAACAUGCAUCGUAAAGGAACAGAGACAUUAAAAGCAAUUUUACUGUCAAGCCAGUAAAAUGUAGUUAAUGGAACGUGACGCUAGUUAGCCUGCGAAAACUUCCGUUUCUCCUAGCUCUUCGCCGCUGGGACGUUUCGCGCGGAGGAACGUCUGUGACUCAGCGACAGAAAUUCCAUACUGAUGACGCAAAUGAAUGUUUACGUAUUAAUGAAUCCGGUAGUCAUGGGGUUCCAAAUAUAAAUUUGUCCAGUUUUACGUGUCUUCUGGUCGAAUUUGGUAAAGUGUUGUGUUCAUCUGCCAACGAGCUCCAGCAAAACUUCAAUACUUCUUCUAAAGAAGACUUUAUUUCACAGAGAUUCUUCGCGUUUUUAUUUGAUCUUUGUGGUCUUUUGUCUGUCGUUCGUAAACAAUACCUAAAACAAUGUAACUAAUUUCUCUCGCUGAGUCGCAGACGUUCCUCCGCGCGAAACGUCCCCAGCGACGAAGAGUGAGGAGAAACGGAUGUUUUCGCAGGCUAGACGCCGGUUAUCAGUAACCCUUUUAUGGCGGUUCUUUCUCAAUAAAGCAGUUGUGUAGUCAAGUUGCCAAGGUCAGCAAGCUCAAAGAUACAUUGUAUUCUAGCGUAGAACUUUACGGCCUUGUUGUCUUUAGCAGGCUUGUACGAUCCAUAACAUUGGCCAAUUUUUUGAAAGCACUAUUCAUGGCUAAGAGUUCGCAUUGCAACGCUGAGCUGUCUUGUAGUACAGCCUUUCCUACUGGCUAUACCAGCAGACGUUCGUCUAGCUCUAAAAGCCUAGAACAACUUUUCAGAGUUGACUUAGUUCUGUUGUUCAGCAACGUUAGCGAGAAGCAUAUUAUUCUUGUAACAUUUUUUUGUCCCUCCCUUUGGAGAAGGGGUUUGGACUUUGUUUUGUGCUAUGCUAUUAAAUAAACUAGGGACACUCCUUGGCGGUGCGGUGAAGUCUGCGCAGCGACUUCCCCCAAGCUUGCUGGCUGCGUUGCCGUUUCACGUCGCCUGCAAACGGAUACUCCCCCAUUAACGCCAACUUGUCGUUAUUUGUUUUAUAAUUUAGUUACUUCGCUUUUAACAUGCAUUCGAAAGGAACAGAGACAUUAAUGUACUUGUUUUUGUUUUGCGCGUUGUUUGUUUUGUAACGCGGUACAUGUACGAUGCUCGGCGUCGGGAUUUUGUAUUAUCAGCAAGCUUUGUUUCAGAAUUAAGAGUGUUUUGAUGGCAGUGAGGUGACAGGAAAAGGUAAUGACUCAAUUGUACAGAAGCAAUAUUGUGUUGUAGAGGAAAUAAUAGAAGUUGAAUUGAGAUCUUAUAUAUGAAAGAACUUACAAUUCUGUUGGUUUGAAUAGGGUUAGUCGUUUCUCCCGAAGCGGCCGUGCAAAUAGCAGACUACCGAUGAAGAAAAUAAAAUCUUUCUCACAGAAAACACGGAAAGUGAGAGUUUUUGUAUGGAAGGGUAUUCAUUGUCGUGUAAAAUUCAUUGUUACGUUAAAAAUACAAAUGGUUUAGACUUUAACAGGUAUAGAAGUAACCGUAACAGUGUCCGGAGGUUUUUACUUAAAGGGCAACUCCCAAAUUAGUUCUUAAACGAGGAAAGGUGUAUCUGUCGUCUAUGAGAUAUCCAAAUAGGGUUUUAGGUAAGUAUUUGCUCCUCUGUACAUGCAAUUAUCGUUUUAUAGUGCUUACAAGAGUUUGAAUCACCGGAUUAAUUUUGGCCAAUUUAAGCAUUGUACUGAUAUCGAGAAGAAUCCAGGACCUUCAGUUUAUGUAGAUGCUACAAAAACAAUUAAUGCUCCAUGUCAAAGAAACGUUGCAGUAUUUGGGGAAAAUGCUGGACAACAAUGUGUUGCAAUGAGUCUGCGCGCUUUAGUUUACAGUAAAAUCACAGGCGGCCCAAGCUGAAUAUGAGAGUACGUGCAGUUGCGUAAUUUUCAAAAUGGCCGUCAUUAUAAAGGAUUUGUUAGUCCGCCUGUCCUGUCCGGGCUGUAAGCACUGGUGUCCUACGUUGUAAUUUGGCUGAAAGCGCGUCUGUGUUGAAGAUAUGCAUUUCAAAACAUUGUCAUGAAAUGACAGGAUUUUUGUUGCGGGUUGGAACAUACUGUAUAAGCUGUGCGGUUCAGCAAAGAAGUAGAGUAAACGAUUUAUUUUCUCUAGUGGGAUAUGAUGACAGUUGUUUAGCUACAAUAAGGCAUGUUAAAAUUAACAUGCGCGUAAUACAACUACGCCCAAAUAUAGGCUCCCACAGCGUCUUGUUAUUGUGUCAACGAACUUCUUCCAAUUUUAUUCCGUAACGCUACUGUUUCUACUAAAGUUACGCAUCUUUACUAAAUAAAAUAAGUUUCAGUAACUAUAAUGACUCUUAAGCAGCAAGCUUCUUUGACGUUGUUCACCCAAUUCAUGUUUUUUUUCCUGAUACGAAAAAGGUUUGUUGAACUUUGUAACCGAGAGAAAGAGCUUGUUUACUGGAUUAACAAUACUCGCCUUGCCUUUCAAACUUCUAAAACCACAAUUUAUAGGCCGCAUACUCCAGAGUUAAAGUUUAUAUCUAAAUUUCAAUUAUUGUUUCACUGGAGGAACUUUGAAAUAUAUAUGAUCUUUUACACUCUACCUUGAAGCAGGUGAAACAGAACUCAUACAUUAUGAAAUAGGUGCGUUGUACCGUUCUGGUUAGCCCAAUUAGGUCAGAAAUGUCUUGAAGUAGCACCCACACUAAAAUAUGGACCCUUAAACAGCUCCAUCACUGUACGCAACGUUUCAAUCAUCAAGAUGUUUCAAUAUUAUGCUUCUAAACACCUUUAGCCGUAUAAAAGACGAAAAAAUUGGGAAGAAUCAACACUUGGUAAUCUCAAACUGCCUUUGUUUGACCUUAAGCCGAGUGAAUGUAAUGUUAAAUGCCAAAAUCGCAUGGGUUCCUGCGCGUCAACUCAUAGUACCUUCAACCUUAUUGGCUCCUGCAACAGAAAUCCGAACACACAAAGAUACAUAGGCUCAAACCACUGACAUAUGAGCUAUUUUUUCAAAAUAGCUCAAUAAAGCAUUCUUGGCUUGAGACUGGCUGAAAUUCUGUCUUGAUGGACGUAAUUCUUUCCGCCGUUCAUUUUUGUGUUUUCUUUAUUUAAAGGGGCAUUGUAACAGGAGUUCUAUCAACCUAUUUUUUUAGACUGUGUUAAAAUAUGAAUUUAUCCUUGCCGAUAGAAGAAAUUGCCUUUGAGUCAACAAGAGAAAGACAUUCAUUUAUUAUUUAAGGUUGUAACGAAAAAAAUUAAUACUCUAAUUUUUAGUAUGUGACUUCGAGAGAAUAUAGAGAGCGUGUACUUUAGGGGAAAUGUCCUGCUUUAUGUCAGUAAUCGUUUUCGUCUAUUACAGGUCAUAACUGCGAAAUAAAUACCGAUGACUGCGCAAGUUCACCUUGUAAAAAUGGCUCGACUUGCACCGAUGGGAUUUUUAACUACACUUGUAAAUGUGCAUCUGGUUGGACGGGAAGAAACUGCGACACUGACAUAAAUGAGUGUGAGCUGCAUGUCUGUAAAAAUAACGCAACUUGUUUAAACUUAAACGGAACAUACAGCUGCAACUGUGUGCCUGGUUUUACAGACUUUAAUUGUUCCACAGUGAGUAUAAACGACUGCAAAAGUGACUCCUGUGUUGCAAAUGCCACGUGCAUCGAUGGUGUUAAUAACUUUACAUGCCAGUGUCCAGCCGGGUUCCGUGGAGAGUUCUGUCAUUUGGAAGUUAAAAAGUGCGAUUCAGAUCCUUGUAAGAACAAUGGGACAUGUGUUGAAGGGAUUGAUGGCUAUAACUGCUCCUGUGUACCAGGAUUUAACGGCACACAUUGUGAGCAUAAUAUAGACGACUGUCUGUCACAUAACUGUAACAAUGGAACAUGCAUCGAUGGUAUUGACUCAUUUACGUGCAGCUGUACUUCAGGUUUCACUGGGAAAUUUUGUGACUCUGACAUCGACGAAUGUGUUGGUGAGAUAAUAGGGACUUUAAGAUCCUAGGACGCGACGGCAGCGAAAACUUCGCUUAAAAUGUGGACUUGCGUUCUUUCAGUCUUCUUAUUCCUAUCCACAUACUUUGUUAAAUGUAGGUGAACCACCCCAGGAGUCGAAGUCGUAAGAACCACGUCCAAGUUCAGAAAGAGAAAUAAAAUUUCGUCGUCGCUUAUUUACGUCCUCUAUAAAACGCUAAAUCAGGCAUUUUCACGCCGUAGUCGUGCACAAACGGCAACAAAAUGUGCAAAAAAAGCGUGAUGCACCUGCAAAGUUGUUUUGCUUUUUUAAACCUAUUGCUCUUUUUGACGUUCUCGUUGCCGUCGCGUCGUGGGAUCUGAAAGUCCCUAGUGUCACUUUUUAAAAGUUGUUUCUAGAUUAACGGGGUUACAUUUGAAACGUCUAGGCGAUUUCUUUUACAUUUAAGCAACCUCCUUCCGUAGGGAUUUCGAAAGCGAAAACCCUUGAGACUGUCGGUAUUAUCAGCUUAGUAGAGGUACUACGUACGAACCUAGUUCGUGACUUGCACUGCUUUCCUGUAGCGUCGGAACAAGCGAUUGGCUCGUGUCCUGUUAUAAGAACAUUUGAGUUUUCCAGCCUGCUUGAGUUAUAAUGUUUGUAUGUAAUUUUUACUUUCAGCUAAUCCUUGCAAUUGUGGUACGUGUAUUAAUGUUCCUGGUUCAUACCGAUGCAACUGUGAUCAGUGGACAACAGGUGUACAUUGUGAGGUUGAUAUUGAUGAAUGCCAAAACCAGAGCCUUUGUAGCAGGCACUUAAGGCAAGGUGUCUGCCAUAACUACAAUGUGGUGACAGAUUACCCCGUGUGUGAUGAUCCUCUGCGGAGAGGAUUCGAGUGCUUUUGUAGAAAUGGUUUCCUAGGUAAUUUUUACCCAUGUUUUGUGCGGUGGAUCGGGGCGAAAAAAGUAAGACUUUAUACUCGCGCCAUGCGCGAGGAAUCGUGGGUCGCUCCGAGAGAACGUAACCAGACCCUCCUUUUCUCCGCCACGAUUAGCUCCUACCACGCAUGCGACCAAAAUGUCGUUUUAGAAAAAGCGCUUGUCAGUGGCAUGGAUUAAGACACCCUUUUUUUCUGUUUGGUGGAGAAACGUAGCACUUUCGAUCCCUAAACUGAAACUCACUCACAAGUUUGCCUAAUGCAUUUUUGGCUUCAGACUGGCUGAAGGUUGUCAUGAUGAACGUAAUUUUUGGCGCCAUUCAUUUUUGUAUUUUCUUUAUUUAAAGGGGCAUUGUAACAGGAAUUCUACCAAGACAUUUUUUUAGACUGUGUUAAAAUAUGAACUGAUGCUUGCCGAUAGACGAAAUUGCCUUCGAGUCAACAAGAGAAAGACAUUCAUUUAUUAUUUAAGGUUGUAACGAAAAAAAUUAAUACUCUAAUUUUUAGUAUGUGACUUCGAGAGAAUAUAGAGAGCGUGUACUUUAGGGGAAAUGUCCUGCUUUAUGUCAGUAAUCGUUUUCGUCUAUUACAGGUCACAACUGCGAAAUAAAUACCGAUGACUGCGCAAGUUCACCUUGUAAAAAUGGCUCGACUUGCACCGAUGGGAUUUUUAACUACACUUGUACAUGUGCAUCUGGUUGGACGGGAAGAAACUGCGACACUGACAUAAAUGAGUGUGAGCUGCAUGUCUGUAAAAAUAACGCAACUUGUUUAAACUUAAACGGAACAUACAGCUGCAACUGUGUGCCUGGUUUUACAGACUUUAAUUGUUCCACAGUGAAUAUAAACGACUGUAAAAGUGACUCCUGUGUUGCAAAUGCCACGUGCAUCGAUGGUGCUAAUAACUUUACAUGCCAGUGUCCAGCCGGGUUCCGUGGAGAGUUCUGUCAUUUGGAAAUUAAAGAGUGCAAUUCAAAUCCUUGUAAGAACAAUGGGACAUGUGUUGAAGGGAUUGAUGGCUAUAACUGCUCCUGUGUACUAGGAUUUAACGGCACACAUUGUGAGCAUAAUAUAGACGACUGUCCGUCACAUAACUGUAACAAUGGAACAUGCAUGGAUGGUAUUGACUCAUUUACGUGCACCUGUGCUUCAGGUUUCACUGGGAAAUUUUGUGACUUUGACAUCGACGAAUGUGUUGGUGAGAUAAUAGGGACUUUAAGAUCCUAGGACGCGACGGCAGCGAAAACGUCGCUUAAAAAGUGCACUUGCGUUCUUUCAGUCUUCAUCGCGAUUAUUCCUAUCCACAUACUUUGUUAAAUGUAGGUGAACCACCCCAGGAGUCGAAUUCGUAAAAACCAUGUCCAAAUUCAGAAAGAGAAAUAAAAUUUCGUCGUCGCUUGUUUACGUCCUCCAAUAAAACGCUAAAUUAGGCAUUUUCACGCCCUAGUCGAGCACAAACGGCAACAAAAUGUACAAGAAAAAGCGUGAUGCACGUGCAAAGUUGUUGUUUUGCUUUUUUAAACCUAUUGCUCUUUUUGACGUUCUCGUUGCCGUCGCGUCGUCGAAUCUGAAAGUCCCUAGUGUCACUUUUUAAAACUCGUUUCUUGAUUAACGGGGUUACAUUUGAAACGUCUAGGCAAUUUCAUUUACCUUUAAGCAACCCCCUUCCUUAAGGAUUUGGUAAGCGAAAACCCUUGAGACCGUCGGUAUGAUCAGCCUACUAGAGGUACUACGUACCAACCUAGUUCGUGACCUGCACUGCCUUUUUUCAGCGUCGGAAGAAGCGAUUGGUUCGUGUCCUGUUAUGAGAGCAUUUGAGUUUUCCAGCCUGCUUGAGUUAUAACGUUUGUAUGUAAUUUUUACUGUCAGCUAAUCCUUGCAAUUGUGGUGCGUGUGCUAAUGUUCCUGGUUCAUACCGAUGCAACUGUGAUCAGUGGACAACGGGUGUACAUUGUGAAGUAGAUAUUAAUGAAUGCCAAAACCAGAGCCUCUGUAACAAGCAGGCAGGUCAGGCUGUCUGCAAAAACUAC